AUGAGUUAUCGAUCCGUAGCCUACUACGUCAACUGGGCCAUAUAUGCGCGCAAGCAUUUCCCGCAGGACCUCCCAGUCGAGAAAUUAACUCAUGUCUUGUAUUCUUUUGCAAAUGUUCGAAGCGAAAAUGGCGAGGUCUUCAUGACCGAUGGCUGGGCGGAUACUGACAUUCAUUGGGAUGGAGACUCGUGGAAUGACACGGGUAAAAACAUUUAUGGCUGCCUCAAACAGCUGAAUAUUCUAAAGAAACACAACCGAAACUUCAAGGUGCUGCUAUCCAUUGGUGGCUGGACAUAUAGCUCCAACUUCCCCGCACCGGCGAGCACCCCAGUAGGCCGGGAUACAUUCGCCAAAUCAUGCGUCAAACUCGUCAGCAACCUUGGUUUUGAUGGCAUCGAUAUUGAUUGGGAGUACCCCAAGACUGCAGAAGAGGCCGGCCACUUUGUUGCGCUACUUGCUGAGGUCCGCAAGCAACUGGACGAGUACUCUGCAAGAGCCGCGGACAAUUAUCAUUUUGAGCUCUCCGUGGCCUGCCCAGCCGGCCCCGACAACUUCCAGAAGCUCGACAUCCCGGGUAUGGAUGCACACUUGGACUUUUGGAACCUGAUGGCGUACGACUAUGCUGGUUCUUGGGAUCAAAUCAGUGGACAUCAGGCAAACCUCUACCCUUGCAAGGACCUUCCCGCUUGCACGCCGUUUUCCACUGUGGCAGCGGUUGAUUAUUAUACUCAAAAUGGCGUUGCGCCUGACAAGUUAGUCCUUGGUAUGCCGUUGUAUGGCCGCGCGUUUGAAAACUGUGACGGUAUUGGCCAACCAUUCCAAGGCGUCGGUCAGGGCACCUGGGAGCAAGGCGUGUACGACUACAAAAAGCUUCCUCUGGAGGGAGCAGAGGAGCACAAAGAUGAUGAUUCUGCUGCCACGUACUGCCACAAUUCCGGGUCGCGUACCCUCGUCACAUACGACACUCCGGAGCUCGCAAAGAUCAAAGCCAAGUUCAUCAAGGAGCGCGGGCUGGGUGGUGGUAUGUGGUGGGAAAGCAGCGCUGACAAGACAGGUGAUGACUCACUAAUCAAGACUGUCUUUGACGAGCUUGGCGGUCCUGAGGCGCUCAAACGGCAGGAGAAUUGCAUCUCCUAUCCUGAAACUGAGUAUGAUAACUUGAGGGGUGGAUUGCCGGACAACUAA